GUGGCCGUGGUUCGUACGCUCCUGGAGGAGGCCGUGGAGCUUAUCGGCAGCUCCAAUGUCAUUUUUGUGACAACAUCGGACAUGACGUUAAAAAUUGCCGCAAACUUCAGCGUUUUCUUAGGAACCACAACAUCAUACCACAGCCGGGUCCGCACGCUAACUAUGUCUCUGCUCCUCCUUCCAUGCAGCAUCAACCAUGGUUAUUUGACAGCGGUGCCUCUCAUCAUAUCACGUCUGAUGUGUCUCAAUUGCCUACUUAUUCGGAGUAUGGAGGACCCGAGGAGGUUAAGUUAGGGGAUGGAUCGCAUCACGGGGGCGCCACUUCUGCGAG